UCCUACCCGCGUAGCCGCCAUGAUCCCCCCUGCGGACUCUCUGCUCAAGUAUGACACCCCGGUGCUGGUGAGCCGGAAUACGGAAAAGCGGAGCCCCAAAGCACGGCCACUGAAAGUCAGCCCCCAGCAGCCUGGACCCUCCGGUCCAGUCCCACAGCCACCAAAGACCAAGCUCCCCUCAACAACUUCUGUCCCAGAUCCUACAAAGCAGGCAGAAGAAAUCUUAAAUGCCAUCCUACCCCCAAGGGAGUGGGUGGAGGACACGCAGCUGUGGAUCCAGCAGGUGUCCAGCACCCCCAGCACAAGGAUGGAUGUGGUGCAUCUCCAGGAGCAGCUGGACCUGAAGCUGCAGCAGCGGCAGGCCAGGGAGACCGGCAUCUGCCCCGUGCGCAGGGAGCUCUACUCACAGUGCUUUGACGAGCUGAUCCGAGAGGUGACCAUCAACUGUGCGGAGAGGGGGCUGCUGUUGCUUCGAGUCCGGGACGAGAUCCGCAUGACCAUUGCCGCCUACCAGACCUUGUAUGAGAGCAGUGUGGCCUUUGGCAUGAGGAAGGCGCUGCAGGCUGAACAGGGGAAGUCAGACAUGGAGAGGAAAAUUGCAGAAUUGGAAGCAGAAAAGAAAGAUUUGGAGAGGCAAGUGAACGAGCAGAAAGCCAAGUGUGAGGCCAUCGAGAAGCGGGAGGUUGAGAGGAGACUGGUAGAGGAGAAGAAGCACAAUGAGGAGAUUCAGUUCCUCAAGCGGACGAACCAGCAGCUGAAGGCCCAACUGGAAGGUAUUAUUGCACCAAAGAAGUGAUCAUUUCCACAUGGGUCUCGGCGAGCACUGCUACCCCAUCCUAAGCCCGUUGUAAUAAAAAAAGCUAGUUUCCUGUG